AUGGAAGAGCAAGCGCUCGUGGUCAGUGACUACGAAAGUUCCACAUACAUCUCAAAACCAACACCGAGACUCAUCAUCGGAGGCUCCAAGAAGCUACUCAGAAACGACUACAUCAGUCGUUUUCGAGAGCAGCCAGUCAGGGGAAACGAUCAUGUGCAUGAGUCUCUGCAAGGACUUCAACUUAUUCCGGUGCUCAGGCAGAUGCCUUCCCUUUACCGCAUAUACGCUCUGCCACUGCCACAAUAA